AUGGGACUUCUGUGGCUUUCUGCAGCUUCCUUUGCCAUCUACUACUUGCUCUUACUUCUCGGGCACGCUCUAAGGCGUCACUUUCUACUGAAACAGACUUGUCUCAAAGAUAUCGACGCCCUUGGUCUUCCCCGUACAGCUGCGCAGAAAAUUCGAGGCACUGCUGUAAUUUGCGGUGGAAGCAUUUCAGGCCUCCUGGCCGCGCGCGUUUGCCUCGAUCACUUUGAAGAUGUUGUUCUCGUCGAAGCCGAACCAUGGCUGGGUAGUGAUGAUGCCCAACGGAGAGAUGCUUGGAACCAGGAACACACACGUUCACGAGUGAUGCAAUAUCACUCUUUCCAUGCAUAUCCCGCCCUCGUUUACAAUGUAUACCGCAAACUGUUCCCUUACUUUGACGAGGAAUGCAAAGCCUCCGAUGUGCGCAUCAACCCGGCUGACUUUCGCCUUUCAACCUACGGUGAUUGGCAGUAUGUCCCCUAUGAAGAAUAUGGUGGAGCGCUUCCAAGUUCGACGUUUGUUGGAAGGGUAGGUCUCGAAACGCUCCUGCGCCGGUUAGUCCUCGGUGGUCGUCACGAGCAUGUCCGCCAGAUUAUUGGCACCGUUACCGGCGUCUCUAGAAGUGAAACAAAUAAACAAUACCUCGACAAGGUUAUUGUGCGAACAGAGGAAGGAACGCGGACUUUGGACGCUGUGAUUGUUGUAGACUGCACUGGUCCAGCAAGUGCCGGGAUGAAAUGGCUACGACGCGAAGGCUUCGGCGUGUCAGAAUCCGGCAAGUACCCAAGGGGAAAACUUCCUCUUGAGCAGCUGAAUAUCAAGUACGACCCGAAUGUUUACUACUCAACACUGCGCUUCCAUGUGCCCCCUGAAGUUGGAGCCAAGUUUCCCGGGCUUACAACGACAUGGGAUCGGUGCAGUUCGAUUUAUGUUUGUCUCACCGAGGCCGGGGUCGAAUCUCGUGCAGUAUAUUGCCAACGUAUCGAAGGUGAUAUCGUGCAAUUGUGCGCGGGAGCCUGGGGUUGUCCCGACCUUCCUCAAACACUCGACGAGUUUAAGGAAUACACGAGAAGUUUGGUCGUAAGAAAACCAAUCCCGGAGUGGUUCUUGGAAAUUUUGGAUAUCUUGGACGAGGUUAAGCACACUGCGAUAUGCAGCAAGACUCAAUUCUUAACCGCAAACCACAUUCGAUAUGAGAAGGCUACAAACUUGCCUGCCAACUUUAUCGCUGCCGGAGAUAGUGUCAUGAGAGUCAACCCUGUCUUCGGACAAGGAUGUAUGAAGGCUUUUAUUGGUGCCAUCUGUCUCAAUACAUUGCUGCAAAACAACAUACAGUCGAUCACGAGCGAUUUUUCUGAGCGGUUCUUCAAAAUGCAGGCCGACAAGACAACUCCUUUUUGGGAAGCAGCCAAAAGCUUCGACUAUGGAUAUCCGACUACCGUGCCUAUGGCAGGAGAAACACUCUCCUCAGGCACCUUGGCUCGCUGGUACACGAAACAGAUAUUUAUUUUGGCAUUCACUGACAAGCAAGCUGGAUCAGCGAUAUUCCAUUACAGACACUUCUUUGCGCCCUCGAUCGACAUGAUGCAUCCCAAGCUCGUCGCGAAGGUGUUAUGGCAGUACAUAGCGAACGCUGCUGCACUGCGAAUUUCUUCUUAA